AUGAGUACCACACAACCCCCACCGCCGUCGCCAGCCGAUCUCCCACACGAUUCGCUAAAGGUCAACAUCAUCGUGUCGACAACAAUAUGCUGGUUCAUUGCCGCGUUCUUUGUGGCGUUGAGGGUAUACACGAGAGGGUUCAUUCUCCGGGUCUUUGGCCCAUCGGAUUGGAGUAUCCUGCUAGCGUUGUUGUUUGCGGCCGCGACGGGCGGCGCUGUCAUAGAACAGGCUACGCAUGGCGCCGGGAAUCACAUAUGGGACCUCGAUCCCAAUGAUACAGCCUCAGCUCUUGCCUGGGGCCGGGCCGCUUGGUACGGCAUCCUCUUCUACCAAAUCUCGCUCUGCUUCGCCAAAUUUGCUAUCCUUAUUCUCUACAUCCACCUCUUCACGUUCAAAUGGGCCCGGCGCGCUGGGCAGAUCUUGUUUGGGAUUGUGGCGGUGUCUCAUCUGUACAUGACCCUGCUCGCGUUCACGGCCUGCAUUCCGCUGUAUGCAUAUUGGGACACUACGGUGACGGACAAGUACUGCCAUCCCCAAGCCUUGUGGUGGUCGGCUACUGGAUUGCACAUGGUCACCGACUUUCUCAUCUUCAUUCUUCCCAUGCCCGUGGUCUGGACAAUCCGGCUUCCUCGACGACAAAAGUACAUUCUCUCCGCCAUCUUCGGUUUUGGUUUCAUCGUCUGCUUCAUCUCCAUCCUCCGCCUCAUCCAACUCAUCCGCGCCCAAACCGACCCCGACUUCACCUACGUCGCCGCCGAGCUCUCCUACCUCACCGCCGUCGAACUCAACGGCGCCAUCGUCUGCGCCUGUGUCAUGACCCUCAAACCCCUACUCGCCCGCCUCUUCCCACGAACAUGGGGCAGCUCAUCCAUUUCCUCCUCCGCAGCUGCCGCUGCUGCUGCCGCUCGAGCAGGCGCACGACCCAGAUCGACUGAGACGUUGGUGAAUCUGUCGAAGGGGUCCGGACCUGGGGGCCCGCCGACGAUUGGGAGUGUGCCGAGUAAGCAGAAGUUGGGACCGUUGGGGGCGAUGGAGCGGGAUGUGUGGAUUGAAUCUGGGGAUGGUGGGGGCAAUAGGGGUCGAGGCGGCGGAGGAGGUCCGAGGAGGAUUUGGGUAGAUGGGGGGUAUGUGGAAUUGGAAGAUGGUGAUGGUGAUGCUUGGGGGGUGGAUGUUGAAUUGGUUGAGCGUGUGCCCGGGAAAAGGUCGCAUGGGAGGACAAGAGACGUGGGAGAUGAAGAGGUAGGUAUUACGAGGCCAGAACCUCCUUUAGGGAGUAGGGAGGUGAGAGUCCAUACCGACUUUAGGAUGGAAAUUUCGGAACCAAAAAUAGGCAGUGCGUAUUGA